CCAGAGCAGCGGGGCUGGCCGGACAGAGAGCAGCAGCAGCACCGGGGAGCACCGGGGAUCAGCAGCAGGAGCACCGGGAACAGAGGACACAUCACCGGGGUUCAGAGGCUCCUCCUGCGGGACUUCAGAGACUUCUCCCCGGCUUCUCCUGCUCUCUUUGUGGGGUAAACGGAGGAGAGAAAGUACCGACAGCAGCAUGAAGAAGAACGGCUCUGGGAAACGGGGUUUGCAGGACUCGGCGCUGCUCCCCCCCCCGGAGAAGCUAGGCUGGAUCCGGAGGUUUUGCGGGCGAGGGAUCUUCAGGGAGAUCUGGAAGAACCGCUUCGUGGUUCUGAGGGCGGAUCAGCUGUUCAUCUGCGAGAAGGAGGUGAAGGAGUUGGGCCGGGCGGACGAGGUUUUGGAUCUGUCCGACUACGAGCGCUGUGAAGAGAUCCGGAAGAACAAAAGCCGAAGCAAAAAGAACCACAGCAAGUUCAGAGUGCAGCGCUGCAGCAGCCCGGGGAACACGGUCCCUAACCUGGUGUUCCUGGCUGUGAGUCCGGAGGAGAAAGAGUCCUGGAUCCAGGUCCUGAACGCCUCCAUCACACGGGCCAAGAACCGGAUCCUGGACGAGGUGACUGUGGAAGACAAUCAACUGUCUCACCUGACUCGAGACCGGGUAAAGAUCCCUCAGACCCGCCGCCUGCCGACCAGAGGACACCUGCUGGCCGUGGCCUCCUCCUCUGACGGGGCUCUGACUCUGGACCUGAUCCAGGAGGAGGACCCCACUGUUGUGAUCCCCUUGGACUGCCCCCUCCGCUCCAGGACGGAUGGAGCCCUCUGUGCCCGGGCCGCCGAGGCUUCUGGGAAAUCUCAGAGCCUCCCGCAAGAGGUGCAGACCCCACUGGCCGGGAACAACAACCGCUGCACCUCCAUGGACCAGAUCCUGACCUCCUCGGAGCCCCAGAGGACAGCGGCCCCCCAGGAACCCCCGGUGGCCAGGCUGCAGGAGCUGAUCGCCCAGAAGCUGCAGGACACGGAGCGGUUGCUGACGGAGGUCCGGGGGGGGACGGAGGAGGCAACGGAUGCGAAGCGGCUCCUGCAGGAGGCAGCGGCGGUCUGGAGUCAGGCGAGGGAGGUCCUGCAGGAGGUGAAGGAGCUGCAGGACCUGUACCGGCAGCUGGACCCCCCCUCACUGUGACCCAUACAGGAACUAUAAUACCCACAAUGCCUCUGUACCAGGAACAGUGAUUUAGGUUCUGUCUGGACCAGAGGGUCCGGUCCCCAGAGACUUUGAUCACAGAUGCUGAAGCCCCUCCCUCAGCUUCCUGUGUUUUAUAGAUUUUAUAAUGUAGAGUCAGGAGGGGGGGGGCAUUAAUCCAGAGCGUUUGCACUAAAACGGGAAGGGCUGAAUGUGCCCCCGGAACCAGUCUGACCUCCCCAAUUAACAAUCUUCCAGAGACCCAGACCUCAGAUGAAUCAAUUGUUAAUAAUAGUCCUCUCAGAGACCGGACCUCCUCUCAGAGACCGGACCUCGUUUCACUGACCGGACCUCCUUUAGAGACCAGACUUCCUUUACAGACCGGACCUCCUUUAGAAACCAGACCUGCUUUAGUGACCGGACCUCCUUUAGAAACCAGACCUGCUUUAGUGACCGGACCUCCUUUAGAAACCAGACCCGCUUUAGAGACCGGACUUCCUUUAGUGACCGGACCUCCUUUAGAGACCGGACCUCCUUUAGAGAAUAGACAUUCUCUCAGAGACAGAGUGCCAAGAGAGGAGGAGGAGACGGCUCUCUGGAAACCCUGUUCCUGGACUGGAUGUGAGUCCCUGAUGGUUUGAGAGGACUAUAACGAGGGUUAGAGGCUCGGCUCUGAGAGGAAGGGUUGUGAUGGUACGAUGUAGGAAGAUCUCCGGGGUGUGUGGAGGUCAGGUUCAGGAUCUAUUUGUUAAUCAUGGUACAAGCUGUUUAAGCCUCCCUCCUCCUCCUCUUCCUCCUACUCUUGAACCGCUGAGCUGGGCUCAGGUUUUGGACUCUUUAAGAAAAAAACUAUGCACGCUGCAUGAAAAACAGCCACUUCCUGCUCCUCCUCUUCUGAAUGUGUUUUUACUGGCAGGUGAAAAUGUCUGAAUCCUCAGAAGCAGCAGAGUAAAGUUCAGUCUCUCGUUGUUCCUCUCAGAUCAGAACUGACAGGGCUAACUGAGCUAACAGGGCUAACUGAGCUAGCAGUGUUAACUGAGCUAAUAGGGCUAACUGAGCUAACAGUGGUAACACUGCUAACUGAGUUAACAGUGCUAGAGAAUGAUAGAAAAAUUCAAUCUAAACAGUUUAAAGCUCUUCAAACAUUAAGGGUUUUUUUUCUCAUGAAUAUUUCUUCCGCUAAAACGCAGCUGCAGAGCGCCCUGAUUAUUAGCUGAUGAGCUAACCAAGCUAACAUUGAUCAGCUGAAAUAGCUAGCUAAGAUACGAUAAUACUAAGAUCAACUCUUUAAAUAUUGUCAUCACAGCUGUGCAACACCAACACACAUUUAACGUCAGAAUCAAUGCUAAUGCUAAUGUAGCAUCCUAGCUUCGGGAAACAUGAUACACAUUAGCUACCAGCUAGCACGGGCUUCAUUAAUGUCAACCUCCCACGUUAUUUAGCUAGCAACCGGCUCCUAAAGCUAACACGUGUUUUAACAAGAUUAAAGAUAAGGAAAAUCUCCACAUGAUUUCAAACAGCUGAGAGUAAUCAGGUGAAUCCAGAUUCCCAGGGGACGACAGGUCUCGGAUUCUGGUGUCAGCCGCUCGGAUCUGAGAGGAGCCAAGAGAACCUGAAGAACUAUUUUUAUAAAAUACUUUUGUACCUAACAGCUUCCUGUAAGAGUGUGUGUGUGUGUGUGUGUGUGUGUGUGUGUGUGUGUGUGUGUGUGUGGGAUUUAUUUCUAUCAGAAUGAUAUUGUCUGUCGUUUGAUCCUUCCUCUUUGUGCUGCAGCCUUACACCCCAGAGGAUCAUGGGAGAUGUAGUCCGGGAGAGAUGUGAAGCUGUGAGUUCAUGUGCUAAAAUAAAAACCUGCAAACUGAAA